CACACUUGAAAAUAGAAUUUAAAACACAACUUUAAAGAAAGGCACGGAUUCCAGUUUGGUAUAUUAGAAUGGUCAAAUGUUUAAUUCCGUUUACUAUAUAUACAAUUCAUUGGAUCACCACGUGGCGUACUUUAGGCUGCUCAAUUUUAAAUUUUGCUUCAUUAUUUUACAUUUUGGCUUUAUACAGCACCCAGGGUAUCCCAGAGCCUUUAAAUGAUCAUGGUGAAAUACACGUUGUAGUAGUAAGAUCCGACGUGUAAGACCUUUGUUUAUAUCUGCCCAUUGACGCCAUGCAUUGUGUGUUGUGUUUGCCUGGCAUUCAGCGAUCCCGGAUCUUGUACUCGCACUUUACACUCAACUCACGUCAGCUCAGGGCGUGCUGAUGGACACACGCGAAAACACACUCGCGCCCUCAAUGUCCGUUAAACUUUCGCAUGUUAGGCGGUCUUUUCACACAAACUCAGUUACUGUGUAUGCCAAACUGUGUAUCAGUGACUCGACAAGUUUCUUCAUAUGCUGUGUUCCAAAUCUAAAAUAAAGUCUUAUCUCAGUUGUAGAUUUCUUUUAUGGUGAAGUGUACGAGACAUGUCCUUGUACCUUGGUCCCUACGCGCCACCCCCAACCCCCAUGUUAAGACGGUACAAUGGCACACCUUGUACUGCGAGUCUGACGAUUUGUUUCUUUUGUCCGAUCCCGGCAUUAUCCCCGUAUCAACACCUGGAAUCUCCUGGCUACAAUCAUGCGCGGAAAGAAAGAAUAACACCCUGCGUCAUCGGCCACGAAACUAUGCCACGGCUUUUAUUCCGCGAUACAAUCGCCAUUUUCUUCCCAUUUGAUUGAUGCUUUUUGCAUCAAGUUCAUGAUGGACCAACAUAAGCGUCAACUGUUGCUAAGUUCAUAAAACAGUAAAGUGGUAUGUGGAAUUGAUGUCAGCCACCUGUCAGAGGUCUCACUAUGUACAUGUAUGACGAACGCACGCCGUACCUUUCUUUGUCGGGUAUAACGCCCAUUGGUAGCCAUGUAAAUCAUUUGAGUGCGUUUUCUUGUAACAGGUGUUCGUACGAGGAUUUCAUACUCGGCUACAGAUCUACAGUGAUAACACCGUGCUCAUCGGCGAGAUAUGACGGAUACACCCUGUUUCUUUUGUCACCGGUUUAGCUCAUACUGUGGCCCGUCUUAGCUUUAGGACGUACGAGACAUAAACACAAGGCCCUGCCCUUAAGAACGCGAAUGGGAGUCGAGUAUUGGCGCGUAAAGGAUCUAUUGUCAGCUGUUACAUCAGAUUACGUUCAUUCGACCGGUCUCUCAGUCAUCCCUGCUGGCGAACCUUGCCACAACUAUGUCUCAGAAGUGUGGCGAAGCUUGACCGCGCCGCCCGUUCUAGAGUAACUGCGGAGAAGUUUCGGAAACAAGACGACUGAGUGGGCACAGCCGGAUCAUGGAGGGCAGCAGGGAGAGAGCCUCGCCGGGAGAGCUCAGCGUCUGUAGCUGGCCCAUGAGCGCACAACGGAGGGUGGUUAGAUCGCGGGGAACCAAGAGCGACGUUGGCCCGCGUCCCCAGGUCGCCAUCUACCGACGGAACAGGACGACAAUCACGUAUGACGUCGACAAAAAGGGACGGUGUUCUGGAACGCAUGUCUUGGAACAAACGGACUCGCGUAACGUUGGCGAGAACACGACAGGAAAUUCGAAGACACCCGAGUCGCGGUUCGUCAUGGCAGACGAAGAUUGCCUUUGUGGCAAGGUUUUUCACAUGAGCGAUGCCAUAGCGGUCGUCCCGCCAGGUAGUACGCCAAGGACAAAGGCGAAAACCAGAUGGUUUACUCCUACCACGGUAAAAAGCGCCGGAACAGACUGCCGACAUCCCGACAGGUUCACCACGAGCAGACCGGCCACGAUGUGUGUGGGAGAUAAACAUAUCAUGGACAGACUCUGGGAUCUGAACAGCUAUCUGGACAACGGUGACAUCCACCGGCCAUUUUCAGGUCCGCCUGCCCACCCCUGGUUCAAGACCCGCCUGUGCGCCGUGCACGACCUGCGGCCCCCGACCCCGACCACCCCUCACCUCCCCGCCCUCCCCAACAGGACCGACCGCUUCGAGCAGAUGGUGCGGCGGGAGGCCCGCGCCAACGCCCGCCGCCAGCUCCCGGGGCUUCGCACGGUGACGCUCCUCUGGAGGAACCUGCGGGGCAGGGAGGCGUACAGCCAGCAGGAGCUUCACUACUUCGCGUCCAUGAUAGGACCCGUGGACUCUAUAAUGCUACUCAGUCCCACCAGCGCGCGUGUGGUGUUCAGGGACAUAGACGCCGCUUGUAAGGCUGUCAACACCACGGGCAAGUUCGGAAGGCCCGACAACCGUCUGUACUGUAACUGGCUUCAUCGCGGCAUGGAUAAUAAGAGGUUUAGAUUGAAAGGUCGGCAGCUAGUGGUACAAUACGAUCCGACGUUAUACACGUAACGCUACCGGUUAGAACGUGAACAGGUUGUUCCAAAACUUUAUACAACUUCUUCGCAACUUCGUAUCGUUCCUGAUCUAAGAUCAGAUUACCAAGACAGAUUAUUUUCUUGUGUCUUGUUACAAACAUUGGUUGUUGUAAUUGUCGUUUAUGGGUUGAAUAAACUGGCAUUUAAGUUGGGGUGUUGUCUAGGUUUUGUGUGCUCUUUAUCAUCAAGACCUAUGACGGAGGAAAUGUUAAUAAGUAUUAAGUAAGGCGGUCAACGCUCGGUCAAGGUUCGGAAGGCCCGAUAACCGUCUGUACUGUAACUGGCUUCAUCGCGGCAUG